UUGUAUAUCACCUAUCGAACUUAUUAGGGAGGAACUUACACUAGCUUCUGGAAAAAAGAGAACUAAAGUUACUACGCAUAAUCAAGCAAAAAGUCCAAUUGCAUAUAUAGAAGAGAUAUCAGAGCUAUCAGAUAUCAUCGAUGAUGCUGAAAAUAAUGAUAAUGGGAAUAACAAUCAUAGUUCUCAAAUAAGGAUGGAUAAUUCGACUAAUCAAACAACUGAAGAUGAUAUUGCUAAUACACAAAUUCGAUCAUCAAGAGAAAUAUCCCCAAGAACUAAUCGUGAACAGGAAAGAUUUCGAGGGUUGUUACAUGAAUUAUCUACACCUAUUAAGGGGGAGACUACUGAAACCAAUAAUGAGGAUGAGGGUUCUGGG